AUGGAAUUCUCAUGCAGCCAAGGGGAGGCGCCUUCCACGGUUGCAGUGCUCGCCAAGUCAAAGAGAAAGGGAGGUGACAACAACACUAGAGCACGUAAAGAGAAACAUUGUUCCCCCACACCGGGCCCCGCCAGGGGAAGCAAGAGGAAGUCUCGACCCAUGAAGGCCCAUAUACAUCAGCUGAAGAAAGAACGUCUCCGCCCAAUAAGGAGCAUGUGCAUGGGAAGGCACAUCUAUUUCAAAACCAACAAUGGGGAUAUAGAAAUCAACCUUCAGAAUCUGAGGAAGAACCUCCCGGGCUCCGCUUGCCACAAAAUUGGUGGAAUCCAUCAUAAUCUAAAUCCCCUUAACGGAAGAGGCCAGCAAAAUGAGUCUCAACAAAAGACAUAA